AGGAUGAUGGGUUGCAUUAUCGUCAUCCUUGGGUGUUUGGUGUCCAGGAGGAGAUCGAAAGGCUUACUACGCGGGUGGAGGAAGCUGAGCAAGUGAUCAAGUUGGUGGCGAAUCUCAAUAAACAGAUUGAGACACCGGAGGAACAUGUUCAAAUCCUCACUGUCAAGGUUGCUGACCUGGAGAAGGUGUGCUUCGAAUGAAAACCAAAGGUCAGAUUCAAUCUCAAUAACUGUUUGAGUGAUUGUUAUCUGAACUAGAACUAAAAGUUAAACUGAACUAGAACUUAAAUUGAACUAGAACUUAGACUGAACUAGAACUUAAACUGAAAUAGAAGUACACUGAACUAGAUCAUAAUUUAUGAUGUGAUGAAUGUUCGAGUUUGUCCUCUAAUGUGUAAUGAAUGCUAUCUGUGUUGGUUGGUUGUUGUGAUGAUUUGCUGUGAUGAACUAGAACUAGUUUUUCUUUUAAAAAUUAUCCGGUUUGAAGUAGAACUUAAACUGAACUAGAAGUACACUGAUUUGAUGUGUAAUGAAUGCUAUCUGUGUUGGUUGGUUGCUGUGAUGAUUUGUUGUGAUGAAGUAGAUUCAUUAAUUCUUUCAUUAACUAUAAUGAAUGUUUGGUAGUUAGAGUUACUUUAAUUGUUCUCUACUAUCGAAGCUAAAACUAGUUUAUAAACAUAGGAAAUCCACUAAAGAAAACGCAGACCAACUUAAAAGAACAAAGAAAAACAAAUCUGAAAACACAAAAUGAAUCAUUUUUCCCUAAACUCUCCCGGGUUCGUUAACCUGUUAGCUUCCCAGAGCAGUAAAACAAUAGACUUAGAGUCUUCUGAGGUUCUUAGGUUUAGUAGCCAGAGCUCUGAAGAUCCUAAACCAGUGGAAAGGAGAAAGUGGACACCAAAAGAAGACUUGGUGCUCAUCAGUGCUUGGUUGAACACCAACAAGGAUCCCAUAGUCAGUAAUGAGCAGAAGGCAGGGGCGUUUUGGAAGAGAAUAGAGGAGUAUUUCAACUCAAGCCCUCAGCUAAGUGGCUUUGCUCCUAGAGAGGCAAGUCAAUGUAAGCAGAGGUGGGGAAGAGUGAACGAGCAGGUGUGCAAGUUUGUGGGAAGCUAUGAGGCCGCUUUGAAGGAGCAAGCUAGUGGCCAAAACGAGAAUGAUGUCAUGAAGGCAGCCCUUGACAUCUUCUUAAAUGACUACCAGGUCAAGUUCAGCCUUGAACAUGCCUGGAGGGAACUUAGGUUUGAUCAGAAAUGGAGAUCAAACUCUGUGUCCAGAGAUGGUGGAAAGGAGAAAAGGAAGGAAGCUGCGGAGGUGGUGCCUGACUUGGAAGAGGUUAGGCCUCCUGGUGUUAAGGCUUGCAAAGCAGCCAAACGAAAGAAGCACGGGAGUGAAGCAGCUUUUGAUCAAAUACAGAGCAUGCUUGUUGUGAAACAGAACAUAUCCAAACAGAAACUCCUUGAUCGUCUCCUUGCCAAAAAUGAAAAUGAUCUAUCUGAUACCGAAGUGUCUCUGAAGAACAAACUGAUAUCUGAAAUGCUUUGA